AUGUCGCACAAAAUAAAGAUAAGAGACAAUGUUAUGUACGCCACGAGUCCGAUCAUAAACGAGGACGACAUUGCGGACUUCGUUUCGAACAUGAAUGUAUACAAGUGGGAAGGAGAGACGAAUGCCCUGGGGGGUAAGCCGCCGGGUUGUCUAACGUACGACUCGGCUACCAGCUUGCCCGAGGAGACCGCACACUCUUACCCUGUUAAGGAAGUACAACUCGGAAGUUUAAAAAUCUCCGACUGGGGUAUGUCCAUCCUCAUCCCUUGCUUGUUGAGAAGCAGCAACUUGGUUACGCUUAAUUUAUCGAGCAACGACUUGACAAAUGAUAGCGCAAAAAUCCUGGCCAAGUGCCUCAAGUACCUGCCCAAACUGGUCUCCCUAAAUCUAUCAAACAAUCUGAUCAAUUCCGACGGCGCCAAUGAAAUUAUAGAGGAAUUUUUCUCCCCAAAGUUUACCUCCAAAAGAGGAUUCUCCCCAGGGGAAAAACAUAUAGACACUAAUUUUCACCUGAACAGUCAGGCAAAAAAUGCGAUAAAAAAUAUGCACACAAAUAUACGUGAACUGGAUUUAUCCGACAAUUAUUUGGGUCCCUCUGUUCUGUUAAAAUUAAGUCAAAUUAUCAGUAAAGAUAAUAAUGAGAAAAUCAAAUUAUACAUAAAGAAUAGUCAAUUGAGUGAUUCCAAUUUAUCCAACUUUUUCGAAAAGUGCACACACAUACAGAGUUUAAAUCUGUCUGAAAAUGGCAUUGGUUCCUCAUUAUUCUCUAAGCACAUGGAAAUUUUAUUUAAAUCCCAGUUAAACUUAAAAGAAUUACAUUUAUCGAACAUAUGCUUUGAUAAAAAUGGAACAAAUAAACAGGUAGAUGGAAAUGAACUACUUAAACAUAUGGUUAACCAACUGAAUGAAGCGCCCAAUUUGUCCAUUUUGUCAUUUGCGAACAAUAGAGUUAAUGACCAUGGAUUUUCAUUCUUCUGUGAAUUUUUAAAAAAAAAUAAAAACAACAUUACAGCGAUUGAUUUUUCGAAUAAUCAAAUUUCCAAUAUGAACGAGCUUAGCGAAGCGUUAAAAAAUAAUGAGACAUUAAAAAUGAUUAACUUAUCAAAUAACAGAAUUACGGAUGGAAGUUUGAAACACUUUUGUUACGACACUUUGUCAUCCAACAUAAGCAUUACAGAACUUUCCCUGUCGAAUAAUGACUUGACGGAUUUUUCUUGUGCUUACCUUGCGGAUGCGCUGACCAUGCAGUGUAAAAUUGUAGAGAGAUCAAUUAAGUUGAAGGCGCAACUGCAGAGCGGAGAAACCUCCUCGACCAUGGAGCUUACGCUUCGUACGGAACAAGUGGGCAUCAAAGAUGAUUUAAGCGGUCAAGAUGAACUACACCACGCUCAUACACUUCCCUCUGGACACCUGCAUGCGUGGGAAGAAUUUCCAGAAAUUGACUCACAAAAAUCAACGUCCAAUUCGAGUGAAGACAGCUCAGUCCCUGUCCAUUUAGCCAAAGCAAAAAAAACGAAUUUCAAAAAUGACCACUCCCAAAUGAUAAACAAAUUGAAGGAGCUCAUCACGAACCGACACAACGAACAACAUAAUUUCUUUUCCUGCAUCGGUAUUCCAUCUCUGAACAGGGCAACCGAAACGUCCAAAUUGUUGUUCUUGCAAGAAAAAAGGAGAAACUUAAUAUAUAACAAAAACGACGACUUUUACCAUUCCUGUGAUUCAUUUUCACUCAACUGUUUUAAAGGCCUCAAAUACCUGAAUAUUUCUGGGUGCCCCAUUAAUACGCAAGGGUUGACUCUCCUCAUUAAUUCUUUCAAUAUGCCCUAUUGUCCGUUAGAGUUUUUGGAUGUUUCAUCAUCCGCUAGCGACCUAAUGGACGCUACACAUCAGGCAUUUGCCUCACUGAUUACAGAAAAAAAAAGCAAAUUCGAAAAAAAUGACAACUUCCAUUUUGAGCAUUUGCCACUCACCGUCCGCGGGGUUGCGCCCACACUCAUUCCCCUCAACGACUCGGAGGAUAACACCGAUGGGGAUAGCAUAGAGUCAGAAUGGUGGAACUACAAACAGGGCGACUAG